AUGGCUGGUGAUGAUGAUAACAGCUCCGUUACGAGCAAAUCUCAGACUGANGUUGGGCGUGAUACUAUCCUCUCCGAUUACUACNUGCCAGCCGGAGCAGAUCCCGGUCAAGUAAUUUCAACGGUGUUUCUCGAUGGUCCUAACUAUGAGCGAUGGGNAAAGCUUAUGCGUAAUGCACUCAAAGCUAAAAAUAAGUUGGGAUGGUUUGGUUACAAAACCCACGAAAGGUGCUAA